CUCCCGAGUCCAGCCAGCUACUACUUUUUUUUUUUUUCCCAGUCCUGCAAUGCGGGGCAAUUCGAGCGGAUUCCGACCCAACCACGGGAGCUCGCCGGCGCGCGGGCGCGGCCCGCAGCUGAGCGGCGCGGCGCAAAUCCAAAUCCCCCAGCGAGGGCGGACGGCGAUCGGCGUCGACCGCGCGGAGGCCGCCGCCGCGAGGGCCUACGCGGAGCUCGUUGCCGCGGGCGAGGGCGUGUCGGCGUGGCGGGUGUCGCAUGCGGCGGCGCUGUCCCUCCAGCUCCACUCCUGGGGAGCUCUCGGCUACGGCUACCACGACGUCCCUACCUUGCGCCACAUCCAAUUCGUCGAAGGGAAGGUGAAUGCAUUUAUACAUUGCUUUGUCAGCGUGCGGAGAAUGACAUCGGUGCAUGAUUUGAAUGUUGAAAUAUGCAAGAGUGAGGGAGUUGAGAAAUUCGAAGAUCUUGGACUUGGAAGUCUCCUUCGUCAUCCGCUUGUUCAGAGUUACUUUUCGAUCUCUCGCGAUGCAACUGAAAUAUGCCAGAUAACUACGGAAAAUUUGGUUUCUCACCUCUCCACAUUCAUUUAUAGAUACAGAUACAAUGAGACUGUUCCUGUGGAGGAAUUUCUAGAUUCUCUAGUCAAGAGGUAUGCAGUUGCUGGGAGAGAACAUCUAGGCGUGCGAGUUCAGAGCUUCGGGUUGUAUAUCAAGUUUAUAAAGGGAGCAAGAAGAGCGGAGAGUGCUGCUCUUAAAUCUCUCAGGGAAAGUGGAUUAUGGAAAGAACAGAUGGAAAGUUCAUCGGAUGCCCCUCUGGUUCACGUGGACUCUUUCUCAGCACCAUCUGAUGAUUUCAGUGACUCAUUACAGGGACUCUUUUCUUUGGAUAACAUCAUGGACAUUCGUAGUUCUAAAACUCGAAAUGUAGUAGUCGAUCAGAAAAAGAAAAAGAAACUUGAAAAACAAGGUCAUGUAGAUCCGCAAAAGGUACAGAAACUUGCAUUGACAAAUGAAGAACUUAUGAGGUUUGUUGCAAGCUGGAAGGAGGUAUGCCAGAAACACUCUCCAGCCGAGGUUGCUGGAUUGAUGUUCCAUGUUUAUGGGGUAUCUGAAAAACGGAAGAGGAAGAUGCAAAGAUUGUUUCUAUCUUAUCCUGGCGUUGGUUUGCUGAAUGUUGCUAUUCAAUGUAUAAAAGAUGGACUACUGGAUAGCCUUGUGGAAGGCACUUCAGUUCGCGAGUCCAUUAGCAACACCGUUGCAGAAGAUGCUUGUGUUCAUGGCACAACCAGCACUUCUAUCAAUAUGGUUGAUAAUCAGCCUGCAUCAGGACAAAACACAUCAUCAAAUGAAUGCGAAGGCGCAGAUAAAUUUGGGAGAAGUGCUGACGUUGAUGAUGUUCUAAGACAGAUUGCCACCUACUUUGGAUUAAAUUACUGUGUCUCUGACCAGAAGGAAGUUCCACUUGAAAAGAAAUUUGUAUUUCAUGAUUGCGAGAGAUGGUUAAUUCAAAAAUUUUCUGUCAAGGAAUUUAAAGAUCUUGGUUUUGGGAACUUCUCCGAGUUUUUAGAAAAACAUAUCUCUAUGCUCUCUAAAGGAUUACACGCGCUCUUAACUAAUGGCACCUGUAGAAAUCCUCUGGAAGUUUCAAUGCUUGAGCAACAGCUCCUUGUUAUGCUAGAUCAAGCUGCAAGGAACAUGAGAGAUAAAUGUGUUCUUAAUAAGCAGUGUCUUGCCAUGCUUUUAAAAAACCAAUUUCCCACUAUAAGUUUUCAGAUAAUGGCGGAUGAAUCUGAAGAGGCUUUCUGUGAUGCUACUAAAAGCCACCGCAACUGUGGCACUCUGAGUUCGCUUCUUUUUUCUGGUACAUUAUCAGGGAGGUGCUACAGUGCAAACUUAUUAUCAAACAUUGAGAGAGUUUCAGAAAGCUCAGCUAAAUCUUCUGAUGUCACUCUUAACCCAUGUCACUGUAUUGGUUCUCUGGGGCCUGUUUCUACUAAAGAUGCAAAGGAAAUUUUACUGAAAGCGCCAUUGCUCUCAGAUCUACAAUCUUGGUCGCAUUGGGAUCACUUAUUUGCUCCUUCACUUGGUCCUCUUGUAGAGUGGUUGAUAAAUGAAGGUUAUAUUGAUGGAUUAUUGUGCAUUCUGACACGAGACGGUCGACUCAUUAGGAUCAAUAAUUCAGCUUCUUUCGAUGAACUUCUUGAAGCUUUUAUACAAGGUUCAGCAGCCAAAGUGGUGCUACAGUUGUUAUCAUUGUUUGGAUCGUAUGGGGGCUUGCAUCAGGUUCCUCAGUCCCUUCUCAAAUGUUAUGUUGAGCGUGCAAUUACCAUAAAACUAAAGAAUUUUUCAUACCCUUCGGAAGCAAAACUUACCAAAGAGAUCGAGGGAAAUAGAAAAGUAGGUGAACUAUUUGAGGACUUCAGUAUGGAAAGCAAUUCGUAUUCUCUUGUGUCAAGGUGUAUUAUUGACUGCCUUUGGCUUCUCCCUUCAGAGUUUCGCAGUUUUAUGGCAGAGAUAAUGGUUUCGAUCUUUCGUGCUUUCGCCAAAGAUGCUGCUUCAAUUGUCUUAAAUGAAUGUAAGCAGAUUGAUGAACGUAUUAUGCUUCAUGACAUUGGUCUGACCCUUCACAUAGAUGAAUGGAUAAAUGAUUACAGAGAUUUUAAUUUAGGAGCUGCUGCUGACUUGUUCACAUCAUCCAGAACUACAGAUGGAGUAUCCGACCUUAAAAAAGAGUUACAUGAUACAUCCAAUGUAUCUGGGAAUUUAUCUCAUACUGGCAGCAAAAUGCUACUUAACUAUGAAAAUAAUUUGAAAAGUUUAGAUCAGCAUGAGAAAACACUUAAACAGGAUACCAAAAUGAUAGUUUGUACAGAAAAACUUGGUGGGGAAAUUGUUGACGAUCUCCAUUCCAACAUAUCAGAUGAUAAAAGAAUCAAGGAUGCAAGGAUUCUUAUUGAAACAAUAAGGCGUGAGGAAUUUGGCAUAGACCCGGAUGCCCCAAUUGCUGCAAGUAGUUUUCUGAAGAAGCAACAUGCUCGCCUUGGGAGAGCGAUUCAUUGUCUUUCACGUGAGCUGUAUUCGCAUGACUCUCAUUUCUUACUUGAGCUGGUGCAGAAUGCUGAUGAUAAUGCUUAUCCAGAUAAUGUGGUACCGACACUAAUUUUCAUUCUUCAACCCACUGGAAUCAUUGUUCUGAACAAUGAAACAGGAUUUUCGGGUCAUAAUAUUAGAGCGCUUUGUGAUGUUGGAUCUUCAACCAAGAAGGGAUCUAGUGCUGGGUAUAUAGGUCAGAAAGGCAUCGGCUUUAAAUCUGUGUUUCGUGUCACAGAUGCUCCGGAAAUACAUUCAAACGGUUUUCAUGUAAAGUUUGAUGUCAGCGAUGGUGAGAUUGGUUUUGUUUUGCCAACAAAUAUUCUUCCAUGCGAUAUCCAGUACAUAAAUAGUAAAUUGUUAUGUGAUCCUGAUCAACCUGGCAUCAGCUCCUCGGGAACUUGUAUUGUGCUUCCAUUCAAGUCAAAGCUUAAACAAGGAAUGGGCAUGACAUCCAUCAUUUCCAUGUUUUCUGAGUUACAUCCUUCAUUGUUACUCUUUCUUCAUCGGCUUCAAUGCAUAAAGUUCAAGAACAUGCUUGAUGAUAAACUUGUCGUCAUGAAAAAAGAGACAAGCAGUGAUGGCAUUGUUGCGAUUUCCCAUGGUAAAGAGAAGAUGAGCUGGUUGGUUGUCAGCAAAGAUUUGCAAGCUUCCAUCAUUCGUCCUGAAAUAAAAAUCACCAAGGUUGCCAUCGCUUUCACGCUUCAGACGUCUAGCGAUGGAAAUUAUGAACCACAUCUGGAUCAACAACCUGCCUUUGCAUUUCUCCCGCUGAGAAAAUAUGGUCUCAAAUUUAUCGUUCAAGGUGAUUUUUCUUUGCCUUCAUCAAGAGAAGAAAUUGAUCAAGAUAGUGCUUGGAACCAGUGGUUGCUAUCGGAACUUCCUGAUUUGUUCAUUAGUGCUCUGAAAUCAUUCUGCGAGCUUUCUUGCUUUAAAGAGAAUCCAGGAAAAGCUAUCUCUUCUUUCAUGAGUUUUGUUCCUCCUUUAGGGGAAGUUCAUGGCUUUUUUUCUCAUCUCCCACAUAUGAUACUGACUAAGCUGCGCAUGGCGGAUUGUGUGCUCCUCGAAGGCGCCAAUUCACAGUGGGUCCCGCCAUGCAAGGUGCUUAGAGGUUGGGAUGAGCAGGUCCGUACUCUUAUACCUGAGACUUUGCUUCAAAAAUAUGUCGGCCUUGGUUAUUUGCAUAAAGAUAUAAUCUUAUCAGAUUCAUUAGCUAAGGCAUUAGCUGUUCAAGACAACGGCCCAAAACUUCUAAUUCAUGUUUUGUCAUCUAUAUGUGAGGAAAAAGAUGGUAUCGAAACACUGGGUCUUGACUGGCUAUCUUCUUGGCUAAAUGCUUUCAACAAGGCCUUGUGUAUCAACUCAUCUACACCUGUGUUCUAUGGAAGUACGGAGACAGAGUUAGAUCUUUUGAACGAUCUAAGAAAGGUCCCAUUUAUUCCACUUUCGGAUGGUUCAUAUGUCUCUGUGUCUGACGGGCCGAUCUGGUUGCCUUGUGAUGAUAUUACUUUGAGGUCUGGAGAUCAAAAUUUGCUUGGGCAUUUCCCUAAUUUGUAUGUCAAUCUUAGGACUGUGACUCCGUCUAUCUUCUCUACUUUACCAAAUGGUUGCGAUGAAGAAGAAGCAAGAAUACAUAACAUCGUAAGCGCACUACGUAAAAUUGGUGUUCAUCAGCUGUCUGCACAUGAUAUUAUUAGAACGCAUAUCCUCCCACUUACGCCUUGCGAAACAAACACAGAGACCAGUAAGAGGUUACUGAUUGAAUACAUAUCCUUUGUAUUUAAUCACUUUCAAUCAGCUUGCGGGGAUUGCAUUAUGGAGAAGGCGGGCAUAAUCUCUAGCUUACGGCGGAAACGAAUUAUACUUACUAAUCAUGGAUUUAAAUGCCCCUCUGAGGAGCCAGUCCACUUUAGCAAAGAGUUUGGUAACCCCAUUUCUGUACAAAAGUUAAUUGGUGAUUCAACCAUUGUGUGGAAUGAAAUAGAUGUUGUCUAUUUAAAGCACACAAAUACCAAGUUGUUAUCUAAUGGACUUGCCAAGUGGAGGGAAUUCUUUAAAGAUAUUGGUGUUACUGACUUUGUUCAAGUAGUGGAGGUCCAGAAGAAUUCUGCAGAUGUUUUUCCUACUGAAUUUGGGAGUACGAUGUCACAUUUUAGUGAACUGUUUGUGAAGGAUUGGGUUUCGCCAGAAUUGGACAGUUUGGUAUCAGAACUUUCAUCAAAUAGACAACUGGGUAGGUGUAAAUAUCUCCUUAAAGUCUUAGAUGAUAUGUGGGACGAUUAUUUCAGUUCAAAAGCAAACGGGCACACUCUUUAUCAACAUCAAGAUGGGCCAAAAACAUUUACAUCUACAUUCAUGAAAAGCAUCUGCAAUGUCAGAUGGGUAGCCUCAAGCAUGGACAACGAACUUCACUAUCCUGGAAAUCUUUUCUAUGAUUGCGAGCCUGUGAGCUCUAUUCUGGGACCAGUUGCCCCAUAUGCUGUUCCAAGGAUAAAUAACAAAAAACUUUUGGAGCAAAUUGGUUUUAAGGUCCAAGUUACAUUCGGCGAUGUCAUGAAAGUACUUCAGCACUGGAAAGAAUCUACAUCUUUUAAAGCCAGUAUUUCUCAAAUGUCCAAGUUAUAUGCUUUUGUUCGGGAUGAACUAUCUUCAUCAAGGGAAAAAACAGCGGAGCUCAGAUCAGGUCUCUACGUAUUUAUGCCAUCUGCGUACACCUCUAAUUACGCGGACAUCGUGCCUGGUAACUUUACGUCUCCCAGUGAAGUUUUCUGGCAUGACCCCACUGGUUGUCUUGAUCUGAUAAGAGAGAUAAAUCUUGAGUGUGGCACAGAUUAUGAAAGUAAAAGUUCCAAACACUUGACAGUUUCUAGUCUUUAUCCAGACCUGCGUGAUUUUUUUGUAAAUGAUUGUGGUGUGCCAGAGGCUCCUUCUACUGAUAUAUAUUUUCUGGUGUUAGUUCAGUUGUCACAAAUUACAUCACCUUCAAGGGCUGCUCAUAAAGUAUUUCGGAUUCUCUCAAAAUGGGCUGAUGAUUUCUACUCUGGACCAACGAAGCUUGAAAAAUUACCGCACUUGAAAGAAAGUCUUCUUAAACAGGAAAACACUGUGCUUCCCACCAUGCAGGACAAAUGGGUAUCUCUCCAUCCCCACUUCGGCCCCGUCUGUUGGACUGACAGUAAAGAACUAAUGGAACAGUUCAAAGAUGUCCCUGAUGUUUAUCUUCUACAAUUCGGUGAGCUUAGUGAUGCUGAAAAGGCAACACUUUCUGGAGUAGUUGCUGCUUUGCUGCGAGAUAUUGGUGUUCCUAACCUAUCAGAGGUGGUCUCUCGUGAAGCCAUAUUCUAUGGUCUGAUGGAUAACUCUGAGCAAGUAGAUAUGGUCGAUUGGGCUCUUCCUUAUGCACAGCGCUAUAUAUACAAGAAGCAUCCAGAGAUAUACCUUGACUUGAAAAGGUUUGAAAAUGAAAAGAUUGGCCAGCUACAAGUUAUAGUGGUUGAGAAACUCUUCUAUAAGCAUACUCUAAAGGGUAAUAACAGUAGCAGCAAUAAACGAUCAGAGUGCAGUUGUCUUUUGCAGGGAAAUACCUUGUAUGCUACAGAUGGAGUGGAUACACAUUCGCUAUUUUUGGAGCUUUCUCGCCUUUUCUUUCAUGGGAUUCCUGAAUUACAUAUCACGAAUUUCCUUCACACAAUUGCAUAUAUGGUCAAGUUGGGCUCCACGAAAGAGCAGUUAGAAGAGUACGUCAUGACAAACCAACAUCUUCCUGAACUUCCUGCUGGGGAAACUGUCUGGUCGCUUUCCCGCGGUUCUGCACUUGAUGAGAAUGAAGUUUGUGCUCCAGCUUUUAAUUUACCCAAAACUUUCCUACAAAAAAGUUUGAAUAUAACCAAGAACCAAGCAAGGGCAUCCAACUGGCCUCCAACAUCUUGGGGCCCCACAAAUUCUGCGCCAGAACAUUAUGCAACAGUUGCCGAUCUUGUAAAAGAACAAACUGGAUCUGCAGCUGUUACUUGCUCGCAUGAUCUUCCUGAAAGUACAGAUGACGGUCAAGAAUCAAACGCAAGUUGUUUAGUCGAGAAGGGGAUAGUUUCAAUUCCCAAGUCUGUACUUGAGCAAUCAGCUUCAGAUCUCGAAGCUGAUCUUGAGCAGGAUAGGUUAUGCAUGGGACCUCAAGAUCUGCACCAAUCUUACAGCACAGGUCGGGCAGGAGAGAUUACAGCCUACAAGUAUUUCACGAAGAAACUUGGUUCUGAAGCUGUAAAAUGGGUAAAUGAAGAGUCAGAAACGGGUUUGCCAUACGACCUUAUCGUUGAGAAAGAGAACAAGAAGGAAUAUGUCGAGGUAAAAGCUACGACAUCCUCAAGCAAAGAUUGGUUUUCUAUCUCGACGAUGGAGUGGAAUUUUGCGAUUGAGAAAGGCGAUUUAUACAGCAUUGCUUGGGUCUUCUUGUCUGAGGCGACGAAUUCAAAUAUAUUAAUCUUGAAGAAUCCAGUGAAGCUCUGUCAGCAACGUGUCUUGCAGCUUGCACUACUUAUGCCGCAAGGCUCGGAGAAGUCCGUUAAUUCACCUGCUCAGUAAUUUCUGGCUUCCCCGGUAAUUCCAAUACUGCGACAAUCUCUUUUCUUUAUUUUUCAAAGAAACAGGAGUCUGCUGAAUGGACAAAUAACAGAAAUGAGAAAUCAAAUUUCAAAAAAUAGAAAAGGUAAGAUUCCAUCCCUAGAAUGCCCAAUGUGUCGAUAAUGUUUAUUUUUCAAUUCACUACAGAACUUGGAUAUUUUAUAUUUAUAUGUAUAGAUUGAAGUUUGUUUAACUUAUUCUGUUGGGGGCAGAGCAAAUGUAUCUUUGGGGGCCUCCGAUCACAAGGUGAAGAUGCUUUUGGGAAAAGCACUGAAGAACUGGCACUUAAGGAUUACAGUUUAUUGUAGUAUAGUUGUUAAUGUGAAUUAUAUCGUUGGUUGCUUUAUCUUUCCCUGUAGAUAAAUGUUUUUAAGUGUGUUUGAGAAAAGAACUUGGUUGUCAGAAGAAUGUAAAUCAAGACUAUAGUGUUGUUGUAGAUAUUUGGUUUAUGCUAUUUAAAUUUCGCAAAAUUAACGUGUCUCGUACAUUUGUUGGCAAAUAAAUAUGACUUGUCCACAGGUUCUAACUUU